AUGGCUGUGGGAAUUAUCCUUGGUAACUUUGUUCCAUCAAUGUCACCAGCUCUGGAAAGGGGUACAUUCGUUGGAGUAUCUGUCCCAAUAGCCAUUGGAUUGUUGGUGAUGAUGUAUCCUAUUCUGUGCAAGGUCCAGUAUGAAUCGCUUCACAAACUCCUGACUAAAAAGGAGCUAUGGAAACAAAUCGGCUUCAGCAUCGUCGUGAAUUGGAUUAUAGCUCCUUUUCUAAUGCUUGGGCUUUCUUGGGCAUUCCUUCCAGACAAGAGCCACCUCCGCAUUGGUCUUAUACUCGUCGGCCUCGGCAGAUGCAUCGCCAUGGUCUUAAUCUGGAAUGCCCUAGCCGGUGGCAACAACGAUUAUUGCGCCAUCCUGGUCGCAGUCAACUCCAUACUGCAGAUAGUUCUCUUUGCGCCGCUUGCCAUCUUCUUCCUUAAUGUCAUCAGCGAUGAGAAUGACAUCGUUCCUAUCCCGUACUCCGUCGUCGCAACGAGUGUGGCAGCGUUUCUAGGCAUUCCCCUAGGCGCAGCCAUAAUAACGAGGUUCGGUCUCCGAUUCAUCGCAGGGUCAGCCUGGUAUGACCGUGUAUUCAUCCGCUUCGUCUCGCCGUGGUCUCUUAUUGGACUUUUAUACACCAUUCUUGUAUUAUUUGCUGCCCAAGGCCAUCAAGUGGUGCAUCAGAUUGUUUCAGUCCUUCGUGUCGCCGCUCCACUUGUGGUAUACUUCGCGAUUGUCUUUUUCACCACCGUGGGAAUUUGUCGGGUGCUUGGGUUUGAAUACCAGUUUCUUGUCACGCAAAGUUUCACAGCGGCAAGUAAUAACUUUGAGUUGGCCAUUGCCGUAGCCGUUGCGACAUUUGGUCCGGACAGCGAUGAAGCGUUGGCAUCCACUGUCGGGCCUUUGAUUGAAGUGCCCGUUUUGCUAGGUUUGGUAUAUGCUCUUCGAUGGGUUGCUAAUAGAUGGGGCUGGAAAUAA